AUGAGGAGACGCGCUGUCGAGGACUGGGGCGAGAGCCUGGCUUUGGAUGGGCCGGGCUCUCGCGUCGUCGGCGCCAUCAAGCCCGUUCUCUUGGAAUGGGUGGGCCGGCGACGCUUCGGAUCUCUGACGUACAGGCUGGGGCAGGUGCACACCGGGCAUGGCUGCUUCGGUGAGUUCCUGCACCGCAUAGGCCGUGAACCCACCAGUGUGUGCCACCACUGCGGGGCCCUGAUGGACUCGGCGGAUUACACCCUGCUGGAGUGUCCAGCGUGGGAUGCUGACCGCCGGGUCCUACUUGAGGCCCUUUCCAUCAACCAGGUAGACUUCUCCCUGGAGAGCAUGGUGCGUGCCAUGCUUGAAGGGGAGGAGCACUGGGCAGCCGCGCUCUCCUUCUGCGAGUCCGUUAUCUCGCAGAAGGAGAGCGAAGAAAGACGAAGGGAGUCGGCCCCGAACGCCGAACCCUGCAGGAGAAAGAAACCGGGGAGAAGGGCCCGAGCUUUCGCACGGGCCCUCUAA